UUUACAUUGUAUGGUACAGAUAGUUGCAUUGAUAACAAAUGUGUUAUAUUUCAUUAACUGUUAUCAUUUCCGUUCUCUUCCAUUAUGAUAGAAACGGAAGGUGGCACAUGGAACCACGGCUGUGGUCUCCAAAGGAAAGAAGGCCCGCCUUGAGGCACUUCCAACUCCAGCAAGGAUUGCCAAACCUUCGAAGCUGGUACCUCCCCCUCGACCUGUUCCAGAAGCUGCUGUACCAGCCACUCUGGAGGGCAGCGUCUUUGUGCCUUCGAGCAAGUUUGCUCAACCGGAGGGGGGUGACAAGACUCUGUGUGUUGAUGAGUGGCCGCUUCUUCAAACAGAGUUUUGUGAGAAGGUGAACCAGCCAGCUGCUCGGGUUGUCUCUGGACAGAGAAAACAAGAGGAGCCAACACCUUGGGGUCCAAAAGUUGCGAUGGCCCAGGCUGAUAAACCAACAGCCAAUGAGACCAGCUUCUUGAGAUGUUCAACCAAGAUGACACACAUUGAGGACCAUGAGCCGUUUGAACCAGCACCUGAGGUCACUGCGAGCAGUCAGCAGCAGAGCCCGCCUGAGGACAAUGGCCAGCUUGAAGAUCCUCAUGUAACACUUGGCAAUCAGAAGGCACCCUGUGAUUUUGCACCUGCCAGAGCUGCUACAUCAAGUCAUGUGACUUAUGACAACCCUGGGUGUCUUCAAGGAUCGUUUGACCAGAGCAGCCACAUAUUCGGGGAAAAUGCAGGUAAGCAGUGUGCUACAAAUGGCAUAGCGGCGAUUAUGACCCACACCACCCAUAGCGUUCUCAAAUGGAAAAAAAAUAACAUUCAUCAUAUUCUAAAACAAGGUAAUGGCUUGUACACAUCUAUGCUAGAAAAUAAGGAAAUCAGUGCAGCCAGAACCAGUGGGCAUAUUUUAAUUUCCGAGUUACCCAGCCACUGCAAAUUAAACAAUAAAUUAUUUAGUUUGGAAUAUUUUGAUACACUCACUGGAAGUCUUGAUCAAAAGGAUGAUUAUGACGCUUCUUUGCAAAACAUAGCCAUGCCUUUAGAAGAGGCUAUUCAGAAGACACUGCUGCAGACAGACCCAUGCUUGCUCAACAUCCAAGGAAGUGUCUGUGCCGUUUUCAAGGUCGAAACUGCUUUUGCAGUUUUCGAUCCUCAUUCUCGUAGUACUUGGGGUUCAGUUGCACCGGAUGGAACCAGCAUAGUAGCGCACUAUGCUACUGUGUAUGAGUUAUAUGACCAUAUUAAGAACCUUGUAAAUUCCUUAUAUCAAAAUCAUCCACAUGCUUUUGAUAUCCCAAACAAGGUGUUUGAAGUCACUGGUGUGAAAGCUGUUGAGGUAAACUCACCAUUUACUGCUUUAACUGCACAGCCUGAAGCCAGCACUUCGGCACAUGACGGUACUUUGGACACAGACAGUGACUCUGAUCUCUGUGUCCUUUCGGUAACAGAUAGAAAUUCCCUUGCAGUAAACACGUCUUUUUCCCUUGAAACCGUGCAGCCUGUAGCAAACACUUCUACAUGUGACACAACUGUAAACAUUGACAGUGAUCCUCCAAUUCACACAGAGGGUGCAUCAGAUGUCUGUUUAAUUUCUGUAACAGAUAGCCCCAAUAUAAUGUUUACGGGAUUGACAUUAAGGGAAAAAAACAGGAUGUGCAACAAACUGAAUAUCGUACCAAGUUUAGAUCAAAAUAUUGUUGUACAAACCUUCGAUAUGGCACAGCCUGAACCAUGCCAAACUACAUCCAUUGAAGGCGACGGUAAUUGUUUCUUUCGUUCUCUUUCAUCUGUAUUGAGUGGUUGCGAGUCACAUCACAAGGCCUUUCGAAAGGCUGUAGUGAAUCACAUCUCAAAUAAUCCACUUGAUUACAUUACUUGUCUGAGACGGCAAUUUGCUUCUGUGGAGCAAUAUCUCCGGGAAUCCAAAAUGAAAUAUGUUGGAUCCUGGGCCACAGAGUUGGAAAUACAAGCUUCAGCAGAUUUUCUCUGUGUUGAUAUUUACACAUACAGUCAACAGAAAUGGAUUACGUUUACGGCGAACAUUGAGCCGAUUUCAAGAAAAGCUAUAUAUCUGAAACACUGCAAUGAAAGCCAUUAUGAACCAAUUGCAUGUGUCAAAGAAGAAACUUCUCUUACAUGCUUUAGUUUAACUAGCUUCUGCGAAAUGUCACACAAAAUGUCCAAUGCAGACCUGGUUUCACCACGUAAAAAAUGUAGUGAUAAAGUAAAAGAUCUAAGAAAGAAGAAAACGUAUGCUGAAGACACGGAAUAUAGGCAAGUUAUAAAGCUAAAAAGACAACAAAGAUAUAAUUGUGAUGAACAGUAUCAAGCAAAAGCAAAAAACAGCAGUAUCGAAAGAUAUGCUAUUAAGGAAACGUUCAAAGAACAAGUAAAAUACAGAAGUAUUGAAAAAUAUGCUAAUAAUGAACCGUUCAAACAACACGUAAUAAACAGCGGUGUCGAAAAAUAUGCUAAUAAUCCUGCCCAUCGUAACCAGGUGAAACAAAGAGUUGUAAUCAAAUACAGAGAAGAUCCGGCUUAUAAACCCUCUUUAUUUGAAAGGAUCAGUCAAAAGAGGCUUAAUCUAACCCAUUUAAAACACAAUAUUGACUUUGUAAUUGAGCUCUUCCAAGAAGAGGUCAAACAUGGACCAGAACAUGUUUGUUGUGUAUGUCACAGAUUAUUGUUCCGUAAGCAAGUUCGAUUAUGUGACAUAACUUCCUAUGAAUCCAAGGCUUCAACUGUGUCAGCAAUUGCAAAACAAUGCAUUACUACAACAUAUCUCCAUCAAUGUGAUAACGCAUGUUUAACGCCAUGCAAACUAAAACAGACAGUUGCUGGGAAAUUGUGGAUAUGUUUCUCUUGCAACUCCAAGAUACUCAGUGGUAAGGUUCCCCAAGAGAGUGCUGUGAACAAUAUGGCAUUAGAUCCAAUUCCGGACGAAUUAGGCACACUGAACUCAUUAGAACAACACCUGUGCGCAUUGAAUAUUCCCUUUAUGCGACUUGUGGCAUUGCCAUGAGGUUCUCAGAAUUCCAUCAAACAGCGAUGUAGUCACUUCGGUUCUCCCUAGGCUAGAAAAUCAAGAUUUAAUGAUCCGAAUAAAACUGAAAAGAAAACGUACUUAUAAGGGGCAUUAUCAGUAUCAAUAUGUGCACACUCAAAAAAUCCAAAAUGCGAUAGCAUGUUUAAAGGACAUGAAUAAAUGGUAUAAGGACAUAGACUUUAACGCAGAAUGGGAAAAUCCCUUGCCAGAAGAUGCAUGUUCUGUUUUGAAAGAAUGCAACCCAG